AAAUAAUAAAAUAAAAUAAAUUAAAAACCCAGUUACCGAAACACCUGAGCACCAUAAAUCCUCUCAACUCCUUUAGUACGUCAAUAAAAACCUGAAUCACCGUCUCGCCGGAAAAUUCUCCCUACACAUAUUUCCGUCAACCCCUUAUCCUCUCUAUAUCUGUAUCUAUACAUUUCUAUAUAUACACUACCCAUAUUUAGCUCAAGCUCGCUCGGCGCACAAUUUUUUCCCAUUUUUUCUCACAUUUUUUUUUUUGUUUCCCAAUUUUUUUCCGGUGUAAUUUUCCGAUAUGAGGUGCGGAGGGAUUUGGCAGCGGUGCUCCAAGUUAUGCUGAUCUCGAGAUGCAUCCAUUCUGCUGCGGGUCAACGGUGACGAUCGACAGCUCCGACAUGCCGCCCCCGGCGCAGUCGCCGCCGUCAGAUCCGGCGACCAACGCGCAGAACUCGGCGGUGAUCUCCAGAGCUUCGUCCGCCCGCGAUUACGGUGGAGAUAACGGCUUCGCGACCAACGGCGGCGGCGGCCACGGCCAGGGCAACCGAGAGCUGAAGAUCAACGAGAUAGUUGGGGAUGGGAUCUCGGGGAUUUUGUACAAGUGGGUGAACUACGGGAAAGGAUGGAGGCCGAGGUGGUUCGUGCUGCAGGAUGGGGUGCUGAGCUACUACAAGAUCCACGGACCUGACAGGAUUGUGCUGGACCAGGAGACGGAGAGAGGGUCGAGGGUGAUUGGGGAUGAGUCGAUGAGGCGGAUUAAGCGGCCGCACAGCAAUCAUCAUCAUUAUCAGAAUCAGAAUCAGAAUCAUCAUAGGAGUGGGAGCAGUAGCUCGUCUCCGAAAAGCUGGAAGCCGGUCGGCGAAGUCCAUCUAAAGGUCUCAUCUAUUCGAGAGAGCCAAUCGGAUGAUAAGAAAUUCUCCAUUUUUACUGGGACAAAGAAGCUCCAUCUGAGGGCCGAGAGCCGGGAGGACAGGACAACUUGGAUGGAAGCUUUGCAGACUGUGAAGGACAUGUUCCCAAGGAUGUCCAACAGUGAGCUCAUGGCACCCGUGGAUAACCUGGCGGUCUCGACUGAGAAGCUGAGACAGAGACUGUUGGAAGAAGGGCUGAGCGAGGCUUCCAUUCAACAGAGUGAGCAGAUCAUGAGGAACGAAUUUGCUUCCUUGCAGAAUCAGCUGAUGAUCUUGAAGCAGAAGCAUUGGCUCCUCAUGGACACUCUUCGUCAGCUAGAGACCGAAAAAGUUGACUUGGAGAAUACAGUCGUUGACGAGAGCCAGCGGCACACUAAAGAUGUCGGAGCAUCUACUAACACAAGGCAAGAUAAGUCUAGUGGGAGCACUACCGAGUCUGAAGAUGAAAUUGAAAGAGUAGAUGUGGCAGAGGAAGAUACAGAUGAAGAAGACAAUGUUUUUUUUGAGACCAGAGAUUUUCUUUCUUCUAGUUCCUUAAGAAGUAGCGGGUCCGAUUUUAGGACGUUAUCACCAUUAUCAUCUGAUGAUAAUGACCAUUAUAAUUAUGAAGACGAGGAAGAUAUUGAUCCUUCUAUCAGAUCUGUUGGAAUGAACUUUCCUCGCAUUAAACGUCGCAAAAAAUUGCCAGAUCCUGUUGAGAAAGAGAAAGGAGUGAGUUUAUGGUCGAUGAUUAAAGACAACAUCGGGAAGGAUCUUACAAAAGUAUGUCUCCCGGUUUACUUCAAUGAGCCUCUCUCUUCUCUGCAGAAAUGUUUUGAAGAUGUGGAAUAUUCAUAUCUGAUUGAUCGGGCCUAUGAAUGGGGAAAGAAGGGUAACAGCCUUAUGCGGAUGCUUAAUGUAGCUGCAUUCGCAGUAUCUGGAUAUGCUUCAACAGAUGGAAGAAUGUGUAAACCUUUCAAUCCAUUGUUAGGGGAAACUUAUGAAGCUGAUUACCCAGAUAAGGGUCUCCGAUUUUUCUCAGAGAAGGUGAGUCAUCACCCCAUGAUUGUAGCAUGCCAUUGUGAGGGUAGAGGCUGGAGGUUUUAUGGUGACAGCAAUCUCAAAAGCAAAUUUUGGGGACGAUCAAUUCAGCUUGACCCAGUUGGUCUCUUAACAAUUGAAUUUGAUGAUGGAGAAAUCUUCCAGUGGAAUAAGGUAACAACAUCUAUUUACAACUUAAUUUUGGGGAAACUUUAUUGCGACCAUUAUGGUACAAUGCGAAUACAAGGAAACCGUGACUACUCAUGCAAACUGAAAUUCAAAGAGCAGUCUAUCAUUGACCGAAAUCCUCAUCAGGUGCAAGGAGUUGUCCAGGAAAAGAGUGGAAAAACGGUGGCAACUUUGUUUGGAAAAUGGGAUGAGAGCAUGCAUUACGUAAAUGGAGAUUUCUCCUCCAAAGGGAAAGCUCAACAGUCGAUGUCUGAAGCUCAUUUGCUCUGGAAACGUAGCAAGCCUCCGAAGUUCCCAACACGUUACAACUUAACACGGUUUGCCAUCACGAUGAAUGAGUUCACUCCUGGACUAAAGGAGAAGCUUCCCCCAACGGAUUCAAGGCUUAGGCCUGAUCAAAGAUGCUUGGAAAACGGGGAGUACGAGAAAGCAAAUGCCGAAAAAUUGCGCCUUGAACAGAGGCAGCGGCAGGCGAGAUCGAUGCAAGAGAGAGGAUGGAAGCCGAGAUGGUUUGCGAAAGACGAAGGUUCAGAUGCAUAUCGUUACAUAGGUGGAUAUUGGGAAGCUAGGGAAGAAGGCAAUUGGGAUUCGUGCCCCGACAUUUUUGGUCAAGUUACUUCUGAUCAAACUACAGAACUAGUAUGAUCAGCUCUUUUCUUUAUUUAUUUUUUCUCUUUUUUUGAUCAUCUUUAGUAGUUUAUUAGGCAAUCUUUUUCAAAAAAAACGGAAGAAGAAGAUUAUGAUCGUAGGUAAGUGGGAGAGUUGCAAAGAUUUUCCAUAAAUUUAUAUUCUUCUGAAUUUGUGUCCCUCUGCUACAUCUCUCAUAAUUCUGAAUAUAUAUAUUUUUUUUCUCUUUUGGCCAAUCAUUAGUUUGUAGAAAAUAUUCGAUGAGGUAUUUACAUAAUGUUGUUUUUCUCUCUUCUAUGUCUCGAAUACAUAUUUUUAUAAGCUAUAAUCCAAGAA